UCAUAAACGCACACACAGAGAGAUUCAUUCAUCUCUGCGAGGGAAAACUAAUAUAAAGGAACUGUGUGGACCGUGGAUAACAACUUUAUUCCCCCUUCCUCUCUCUCUUCCGGUGAGUCUGCGCGUGCUCGGUUUUCUUAAGGGGAUACGCCAACGGGCAUGGCCGUACUGCUCGGCAAUUUGGCACUGCUAGCGGACGCGAGUUCGCCUCGGGCAGGGUUGACAGACCGUAGGAAUCGUGCGGUGAUUUGCGACUUGAUCCUGAACCUACCCAAGAGGGACUGGUACAUCACCCACGGUGCCAAAGUUUCUGCAUCUCUUCCCGCCAGGAGCUUCGAUCUUGACGGUGAAACCAGAAAUUACCGAUUCGGCACUCCGAGGAAAAUUUUGUCCAAAGCUAACUCAGUCGAUUUCGAUGCCGAUCCGAGCGACGAGGACAACAAAAAUGGGUAUGGGGAUGAAGAUGACGACUACGACUGGGAAAAAGAAAUGCGAAAGAGAGUGAAAGAACUGGAAGAGAUGAAAGAGUUAGAGAAGAAAGCAGAGGAGUUACAGAGUCAGAUGGCCGAUGGCGAAGGCGAAAACGAAGAAGAGACGGAAGAAGAAAAGAGGAUGAGAGUGAGAAAGGAGCUCGAAAAGGUGGCGAAAGAGCAAGCUGAGCGGAGAGAAACGGCAAAGUUAAUGUUUGAGUUGGGUCAGAAGGCCUAUGGGAAGGGCAUGUAUGGUCGAGCUAUUGAAUUCCUAGAGGGCGCCCUCACAAUCAUUCCUAGGCCGACUCUGUUUGGUGGAGAGAUACAAAUAUGGCUUGCUAUGGCUUAUGAGGCUAAUAAUCGACAUGCAGACUGCAUCGCGCUUUAUCAACAAUUGGAGAAGCAGCACCCAAGUUUCAGUAUCCGACGGCAAGCCGCUGAACUCCGUUACAUAUUGCAGGCACCCAAGCUCAAAAUAUCUCAAGAAGAGAUGGUUUCUAUCCCAUUAAUUGGUUCCAGUUAUGAUAGCUAUGCAGGAACAUGGAGUGACAAAUACAAGGACCGGGACCAAAGGAGAAACUGGUCAACAACUAAUCAGCUUCCUUCAUCCAAGGAUUAUUUGGGUGACUUCAUGGUUUGGCGACCUCCUGUUGGAUGGGAGAAGAGCCAGACUUUCUGGGUUGUUUUGACUCUUUGGGUGGGCCUGGUUGGAGUUGCCCUCUUCCUUCAUAGAUGAACCGUGCAACAAGAUCUGCAUUGGGUGCUGCGAUCACAAUCCAAAAUUGAUUGCAAGAUUUUUCUCAAAUGUGAACAUGCACGAGAUCAUAGUAAUCUCUGUAAAGGUAGGUGGUGUAGUUGGCCAUAUAUAUAGGUUUUCGUCAUAACUAGUGCUUCACAAGUUUCUUUAUAAAAAUUUCUUUUGUGAAUUGUUUUACACGUUGAGAAUGACCCUUUCAUUUCUUAUUUCUUUUGGUGUCAAAGAUGUAAAAUGUUGGGAACUGAGGAGAGUCACCAAGAUAGCGGAGCUUGUUAAUGCCAGCAGUAUUUACACUGAAUAGUUGAACCCCGCUUUUAAGUUCUAA